CCCCGUCUCAUUAAAUAUGUCAAAUUUAUUCACUUCGUAUAGUGCUAUAACUCCACCUGAAGCAUUUACAUCGGAAUCAUACUCACCAGAUAUGUUCCCUUCGUCAUCGGAACUGAUGGAUGGAAAUCAACAGAGAGAAUUUUCCCCUAGUAUGUUAGACUUGCCGCAGUUAAGGACACCCAGCGAGUAUCAUAAAUUAAUCGUUGGAAUAAUGGAAACUUCUACACAAUCUUCGAUGAGACCUACUACGUCUAAUGAUUGGGGAGAUGACGCUAAUGAAAAUGCUGAGUUGUGCAAACACAUGGACCAGUAUGAACAAUCGAUUGUGAAAAAUGCUGCUUCUGAUGACUGGGCCAACAACGAAGAAGAAAAUGCUGAAUUAAAUAAACAUAUGGAUGAGUAUGAGUGGUGGGGUAGUGAUUUCGAUAAUAUUAAUAAAUUAUUUUUAAACAAACAUCCGUAAUAUACAUUUUUUUUUCUCAUUUA